AUGCCAAAUUUAUGUUUGUUCGAUCAAGAUGUACGAUUAGUCAAACAGAAUAUAUGGACUCAUGGUUUAAUUUGGGAUAUGUGCUGGUCAUCAACAUUAGAUCGUUUUAUAGUACUUACUUUAAAUAAUGUUUUUCUUCUCGAUGAAAAUACAAUGUCGACUCAGCAAGUGCAAACAAUCAAAGGACAACAUUGGUACUCUUGUACAUGUUCGGAUACAUCACUAUUUCUAUCCACAGCAAAAACAGGUUCUUCCAUCAGUGAGUUCAAACUAUCGUCAUCGAUUCAGCUUACUAAACAAUGGCAACCUCCUGACACAUGCACAAAAGACGAAUGGAUCUAUGACAUGGUUUAUUCGAAUAGAACACUAGCUCUGAUGAUUGGCGAACAAAAAAGUAAAACAAAACGUAUGGAACUAAGAUCAUCCAUGACAUUCGAUCGAUUAUGGCUACUUCGAUUCGAUAUUAUUGAUCUUCUGAAUAGAGCGAUUCGUUGUUGUCUUCUUAAUGAUGAAGAAUGGCUCGUCAUCGAUCGAAGUAGUUCACGUCUUUUUCACAUUACAAAAGAUGGAAAAAUCAAAACAACAGUCGUCUACGAAUCGGAGCCCUGGCGUGCUUGUUUAUUCGGAUCGAACAUACUAGUCGGGUCGAACGAGAAUGGUGUCAAUUUUCACAAGCUAUAG